UUGGCGGCACCUGGUGGUUCCGGUGCCGCGCUGGCCGUUCGCUCUGAGCGAUGCGGUGACGGGGCUGGGACUGGACUUUACGGGGUGCCGUCAUGGCUAACGUGUAUUCGCUGGACGGGCUAUUAGUGUUCGGCUUGCUCUUCGUGUGCACCUGCGCCUACUUUCGGAAGGUUCCUCGGCUGAAAGCUUGGCUUCUGUCGGAGAAGAGAGGGGUGUGGGGAGUUUUCUACAAAGCGGCAGUGAUUGGUACCAGACUUCAUGCAGCAGUGGCAAUAUCCUGCAUUGUUAUGGCUUUUUAUGUCCUCUUUGUAAAAUGAAUAGCAACACCAUAGAUGGACACUGUUUGAACAAAGAUGCUGAAGAAAGCAUAUUUCUUUUGCUUCCGAGGACAGUAUCUCCUAGUGGAUUUCACACAGAACCCUGCACAGAUGUCAAGAGAAAAUUCUCCUAUGACCAAGCAUUGUUAGAGACCAAAGGGUGGCUUUUGUACUGGCAACUGUGCUUCAAGUAGAGCUUGAAUGUAAACAACAAAAAUGGUUUUAUGUGCAGACGUUUAAAAUCAAUAUUACAGGCUGCACAAAGAAAACAUUACAAGUUUUGUGGCAGAUAGAAAUGGAUAAUGCCGUUCCAAAAUUUGGUACAAUGUGGAAGAGGAAAGCAUUUUCAUUCCUGGUGUGUUAAUGGGAAUUGCUUCAUGUCCCUCAAAUGUAAUAAUGAACAGUAAGGGAGGAGUGUAGAUUUCCUUUUAUUAACUUCUCUUUAUUUAAUGCACUUUUAAGAUUGGAAGCUAAAGCUAUCAUAAAAAAUGAGUGACUGCAUAUGGUAAACUAGCUAGUGAGAAAAAAAUCCUUUCACAGUUCAGAGAACUGAUUGUGUGCUCCUUGCUCCUGAACCACAAAGGAAAUAAAAUGUUGUUUGGCGGUAUAUUUACAUGACCCAUGGAAUAAUUGUUACCACCUUUUAGAAAUAUCUAAGAGUGGCUGAAAUGCUGCAUGUUCUGUAUUGCUUAGCUUGCAAAUAAGGAUUGGCAUCAAUUCAAACAUAGCCACAGGUUUUGGAUGUCAAUAUGUAGGAGAAAGCAACAGGGACAUAGCCUGUUACAUAAGUUAACAGAUGUUCAAAUGUUUAAGACACAUUUAAAGACCAUAACUUGUAUAUUUUGGAAUAUGUACAGACUUUAAAGGUAAAAAUGUACCUUGCAUUCUUUAUUUCUAAUGAAACACUUCUAAGUUUUCUUUAUUCCACCCAUGUUUGAAUGCUCCUCUCUUUAAAGUAUAGGAGGUAAUCUCCUACAGCAGAAACAGUAAAAACUUGUUAAACACGUC